CAAGCCUUACCUGUGUCACCGUGUCCUCAUUGCUUCUGCACUCACCUCUGUGUGUCCCAGAGCCUGUGCGCUGAGACACUCGAGGAUUCUUUCCCUGGCUAUUGUGUCAGUUGCAGGGGAACUUUAUUCCUUCUUCGGGAGGACUAUCAGCAGGUGAUUUAGCCAGUGUCCUAUCUGCAAAGAAGACGGGUUCCAGCUCGGAGGGUUUUCUGUGUGGAGGGGAGAGAGGGUUGGGCUAAAACCCAGAUAAGAGCCCAGGUUAACCAUGCAGUGAAGAUGGGUGACUUGCCCACUGCCCAGAAUCACAACGAGUGUGUGGCAAAGCAGGGAAUUCAGCCAACGUCUCCACUGAGUCCCACUCCAGUACUUCCUUUUGUAUGUAUCUACUUUGCAGGGUUUGGCUAAUUAAUUAUUUCAGAUGCUUUGAAAUCCUCAGCUGAAAGGUGCUACAGAGGUGCAGACUGUGAUUACUGUUAGAGCAUACCGAAUAUUGAGACUGACAGGCAAUCUUGUACCGCAGAUUAGUUAAUGAGCAAAGCAGCAGUUCAAACGGGCUCCCAGGUGAAUGCACUGAAAUCACCCUCACUCAGAACAGCCGCUGGCUGGUUUCCUGUUUAUUUCAUGGAAAUAGAAUUGGUUCAUCACACCUGGUGUAUAUAAAGGGGCUGAAGGUCCUAAGUUGAGACCUGAAUCUGCUGGAGUCCUAAUUGCUACAUCGGAGGACCAGGAAGAUCACUUGGUCGUCUGGCCUUGUUGGUCAUCUGUAUUGCCAGUGCUUUCCGUCUUCCUUCAGAGAAACAAGCCAGGAAAAUGACGUCCUUGAAAGUUCUUGCUCUGCUCAUGGUCUCUCUGAGCCUUGUCCUGACGGAGGAGAAUGACUUCAGUGCCAACCCGAAGAGUCCCGGCGCCAGAGCCGUACAGCGACGCUACUCCGAGGCCAUCCUGGCCAGCGAUUACAGCCGGACCAUGGAUAACAUGCUCAAGAAGAACUUUGUGGAGUGGCUGUUGGCCAGAAGAGAGAAGAAAAGCGAUAACGCCAUCGAUCCAUCCAAGAGGGAAGCUGAACCCCAGCUGUCAGCUGUCAGUGGUCAAGGUUUGGAGCUGGCCUCCCAAGGGGCUCAGGACUUUUUAGUCUGGCUUCUAAAAAACAAAAGAAAACAGAGUCUUACUGCUCCCAAAGAAUCUGAUCCCUCGAAAGACGUUCUGAGCCAGGAGCUAUUGGCGUGGCUGAUGUCUGCUGAUCUCUGUAGACCAACGACUCAGUAGCCCCAAGACUCUCCAGAGGAGCUGUCUAUGCACUCUAACAACGGACGUGCUAAGAAUGAAGAAGGAUUUUGUAGCCACUUAGCUCAAUAUUCCCCCUCUGUGCAUAUUGUGCUCUUUGCUACUGUAAACAAUAAAGAAGG